AUGUCGAGCAAAGCGGCAUUGAAAGCUGUGCGAACAGCCUUGGAAUCUAAAGACUACCAAGAUGCUGCUGCAAAGGCAAAGGAGCUCAUCAAGGGCGAUUCCAAGAACUACCACGCACAUGUCUUUCUCGGCCUUGCGUACGACCGCAUGAAAAACGUCGAAGAAGCAGAGAGCGCGUAUUCUGCAGCGACCCAAAUCAACCCCGACGACAAAACUGCCUGGCAAGGAUUGGUCUCCCUAUACGAGAGACAGCGCGGCUGUGAGCAUGAUGGUUAUCGCCAGGCAGUCAUUGCGCUUGGAAAGAUAUUCGCCAAUAACGACGAGAAGGACCGCUGCAACGAUCUGGUUAACAAAUACACAAAGUCGAUGAAGAACAAUGGGACCAAAACUCAACAGAAACAUGCAUUGGAGCUGCAGUUACCGGGUUCGCCCCUUUAUGACUUCCUUGAGGGCCGAUUGCCUCAUCCAGCGCAGACAUACCAGCGAUUGAUUGAUAUAACCGAGAGCCAAGAAAAGGAAUUCAUCAAUCGUGAAAUUGGAGAGCGCAGAACACGUCUAGGUGCUCGCAUUGAACAAGUUACUCAGGAAGUCCGGCGGGAGGCUGCGAAUAAGAGCCGAUUGGACCAAUUUUACCACGGAAUAAUUGAUUGGACCAACGAUGAUACCGUGCGCCGUCAAUAUGAGGAGAAAUUGUUCCAACGUGCGUAUGAUGAGCUCGGCUUUCUGCCCGAGAGUGAGAAGAAGGCGAAGAGAGAAGUUGUGUACAAGGCAGCAUACGACAUGGUGAUUAUCAAACAUCCGUUCGAGCCCGCAUGGAAGGUUUUCCUAGGUUGGCAGGAUGUUCAGGAUUAUUCUCAGUAUGACGUGGGGCACCUGCGUGAAUACAUUGAAUUUUUCCCAGAGUCUGGACUUUCACAUGUUCUCAGAGGGUUCUUGUCGAGCGAACUGUCGCCGUUUCCCAAUGAUCCUUCCGAUGAAUCAGAAAGCAGAGAUGUCAAGGAUAGUGAUGAGACGACGGUCGCUGAAACUGAUCUUGAGACUGAUGGAAAUGCGAUAGCUGCUCAAGAUCGUCUCAUCAUUAUGGUUGAAGGCUUGGAGUCCGCUCGGAAUUCGAUUCUAGCCCAUCGCAUCAUGGCAGAUUUCUAUCUCUCUUUGGAAGAGUAUGCGAGUGUGGUCACUGUUGCUCGAAAGGGAUUACUUUACAUCAAGGACUUGAUAAAGUACAGUGGGAUCAAUAUUCCCAACACCACCGAUGCGCUAAAUAAUGCACUUGCCAAUGCGCUGGUCCAUUAUCAAUCCCCCCGCCACCACCCAGAGGCGAAGGCACUCUUUGAGGACAUCCUCAAACGGAACCCAACUUCUUCCAAUUGCCUUCUUGGCAUUGGUAUGGUUUUGAAAGAAGAUCAGGACUAUGCAGAAGCCGUCAACUUCCUGCGGCGAUCGCUUGAACGUGAUCCUUCUAACCUCAAGAUUCGUGCAGAGCUUGCUUGGUGUGAGGCAUUAAAUGGCAGUCUUGAAUCUGGCUUGUCUAGUCUUCAGGACACCCUUGAGGACUUGAAAGAAGCCCAGCCAGAAAACAGGGACUUCAUUUCGGAGCUUUUCUACCGCAUUGGCUAUUGCCAGUGGGAGCUUAAUCCGUCCCCAGCUGCCCGGAAAGACCGCAACGGUGCUUACGCUAGCCUUUUUGCAUCUAUUCAGGCGAAUAUGAAUUUUGCUCCGGCAUACAGCCUCCUUGGGUUUUACUUCGCAGAUUACAAGAAGGACAAGACGAGAGCUCGCAGGUGCUUCCACAAGGCAUUUGAAUUAUCGACCUCGGAGAUUGAAGCCGCUGAGCGUCUUGCCCGAGGCUUUGCUGAUUCGAAGGAAUGGGACCUUGUCGAAGCCGUUGCCCAGCGGGUCGUUGACUCCGGCAAAGCUAGACCCUCUCCUGGGUCCAAGCGCCGGGGAUUCAGCUGGCCAUAUGCGGCACUAGGGUCAGUCCAGGUCAACAAACAGCAAUAUAGCAAAAGUAUUGUGUCAUUCCAAGCGGCGCUUCGACUUGCGCCAAAUGACUACCACUCAUGGGUUGGCCUUGCCGAAAGCUAUCACCAUUCUGGUAGAUAUGUCGCCGCCACCAAGGCAUUCGAACACGUCAAGACAUUGGAGUCAGGCCUUUCAGAAAAAGACAAAGAGCACGUAUGGUUUGCGCGGUAUAUGCUGGCAAACGUAAGACGAGAGCUUGGCCAAUACGAUGACGCAAUUGAUGCCUAUGAAGAUAUUUUGAAAUCACGACCUGAUGACAUUGGUGUGACUCUCGCACUCCUUCAGACUUUGACAGAAAGUUCGACGAAGAGCCUUGGUUUGGGUCUCUUCAACGAUGCAGCAGAACUCGCCUGCGAAGCUAUUGUGGUCGCGGGCUCACUUGCACAUGCCAAAAGUGACAUUUUCAACUUGUGGAAGGCCGUAGGUGAUGCCUGCGCCAAUUUCUCAUAUAUGAAAUCCAAGGCUGGAAGGCUGUCCGCUUCCCGUUGUAGGGCUCUACUGGCGGUCGAUCUCGAUCCCAUGGCCCUUGAUGUCAUGGCCGAUGUCGAUGGUGUCGGGAAUGGCUGGCUCGAAGCCAAUGACAGUGAAGAGUCAAUGCCAUCCGACUUCUACAAUCACAUCUCCAUCAUCGCCUAUAAGCGUGCACUCCAUGUUUCCUUACAUGAUACUCAUUCUCAAGCAGUUGCCUGGUACAAUCUGGGUUGGGCUGAAUACUCAGCAUACCGCAGUUCGCAGCCGGACUCUACUAAGAAAGGCAAGAAGCCCCGCAAGUUUCUGAAAGCAGCUAUGCGGUGCUUCAAGAGAGCGAUCGAAUUGGAAGCCGGUAACUCCGACUUUUGGAACUCACUGGGUGUCGUCACUGCAACUAUGAGUCCUAAGGUUUCCCAGCAUGCCUUUGUGCGAAGUUUACAUUUGAAUGAACGUAACGCACAAGUCUGGACCAAUCUCGGCGCACUGUAUCUCCUCCACGGAGAAGAUCGGAAAGCCUACGAUAUCUUCUUGCGAGCGCAGGCGACCGACCCAGACUACUCACAGGCCUGGGUUGGCCAGGGCUUUAUUUCACUCGGUAUGGGCGAUGUCAAAGAGGCGAGAGGUCAUUUCGAACACGCUUUUGAUAUUUCGAAUUCAUCUGAUAUUCUUCCUAAGCGCCACUUCAGUCUAACUCACUUUGAUCAUCUCUAUGAGCCUUCGGCCUCAAACGAGGUGUCUCAACUUAUCCAGCCAUUCUUUGCACUUCAUCAACUUUGCAUCCAAAAUCCGUCAGACCUGCCAUUCGUGCACCUUUCCGCUCUGUUGGCAGAGAGAAUGGGCGAGACCAGAGAUGCCGAGUCUAGCUUGCAUAUUGUCUGUUCAGGCAUGGAAGAAGAGUUCGAAAAGACUGAAUCGCCAGCUUCGCUUUCAAAGUAUGCCCAGGCGAACGCAGAUAUGGCCCGCAUCCUACUUGCAAGCCACUCUUACGAGGAGGCCGCAGAGAAGGCUGAACUCGCGCUCACGCUUUCUGGAGAGGAGGACGCGGAGAAAUUCGAUCCGCAGGCCUGUAAGAAGCUUCGUCUGUCCGCGCAUUUGACCGCUGGUCUGGCACAUUACAAUCUGAAGUCGAUGGAUCAAGCGAUUGAUAUGUUCCGCGACGCCCUUGAAGAAGCAGACAAUGCUCCAGAUGUGGUAUGUCUUCUUGCCCAGGUCCUAUGGGCCAAGGGUGGCGAGGAGAACCGGUCCGUCGCUCGCGAGCAACUGCUCGACUGUGUUAUGAACCACCCUGGCCAUAUUGGAGCAGUCACCCUUUUGGGUGCCAUUGCACUCCUCGAUGCGGACCAUGAUGCCAUUGAGGCAGUUGAAUCCGACCUCAAUGGCAUGAUCGCGCGUGAUGAUAUUGAUCUUCACGACCGUGCAAAGAUCAUCAAACUUCUAAGCGCCAUUUCAGCAACCGGACUCAACGGUAAUGCAUCUGUCCCCGAGGAUAUCAGGCGCAUUGGCGAGGCCACUGCUGCCGUGAUGCUUUGCCCCGGACAGCCCGCCGGAUGGAUGGAGCUAUCAGCAGCAUCACAAGAGCCAUACUCAGCCGCCAUGUCUGUUGAACGCGCGCUGCGGAGCGUACCUCCCUACAGCAACCUUGGGGCCGAGGAUCUCAGCCUGGCCUAUGCGCAGACUGGCAAGGCCAGCGACGCCCUCCGGGCGAUCAUGGUUGCUCCGUGGAAGCGCAGUGGAUGGGAGGAAUUGGGCCACAUUGAUGGUAGUGGGCAACCCCGGGAGCGUCCUACAAACUCUGGACAGGACCAAUCGGACGACGGUGAAGCUUUAGUCACAUGGAAGCGCCGUACAACCACGACAACUGCACGAUUCUAA